UUGCCUCCUACUUUUUUUUUUUGCUGGGACUUGGGAGCGGAAAAUCUCGCGCUGGGGUCGUGAGGCGGAAUUAAAUAGGAAGCAAAGUUCGAACACUUAAAAUGCUUCAUGUAGGUCUUCGCUUGUCAAAAAUGCAAGCGGGCGUGCUUUGGAUUUAACGGGGGAGCUUCGGUGGUGUAGUGUGACCCUCCGCCACUACCAGCAUGCUGAGUUUCCUGCGCAGGACCCUGGGGCGACGCUCCAUCCGCAAACAUGCAGAAAAAACGCGGCUACGGGAAGCCCAACGUGCUACAACGCACAUCCCGGCCGCUGGAGAUGCCAAGUCCAUCAUUACUUGCCGGGUGUCCUUGUUGGAUGGGACCGAUGUCAGCGUCGAUCUGCCGAAAAAAGCCAAAGGUGAGGAGCUGUUUGAUCAGAUCAUGUACCAUCUGGACAUAGUAGAAAAAGACUACUUUGGACUACGCUUCAUGGACUCGGCACAAGUUCCGCACUGGAUUGAUAUUACAAAAAGUAUUAAAAAGCAAGUGAAAAUUGGCCCGCCAUACUGCCUUCACAUGAGAGUGAAGUUCUACUCCUCCGAGCCAAACAACCUGCACGAGGAGCUUACCAGAUACCUUUUUGUGUUGCAGUUGAAGCAAGAUAUCCUCAGUGGAAAGCUAGAAUGCCCAUUUGAGACAGCAGUGGAGUUGGCUGCCUUCUCGCUACAGGCGGAACUAGGUGACUGUGACCCACUAGAACACAAUCUGGACCUGGUAUCAGAAUUCAGAUUUAUCCCUGAACAGACUGAGGAUGUGGAGCUGGCUAUAUACAAUGGAUGGAAGGAGUGCAGAGGUCAAACACCAGCACAAGCUGAAAUCAACUACUUGAAUAAAGCAAAAUGGUUGGAAAUGUAUGGUGUGGACAUGCAUAUGGUUCAGGCACGAGAUGGCAACGAGUACAGUCUGGGUUUGACGCCAACCGGUGUUUUGGUGUUUGAGGGACAAACCAAGAUUGGCCUCUUUUUCUGGCCCAAGAUCACUCGCUUGGAUUUUAAAAAGAGCAAGCUGACUCUGGUGGUUGUGGAGGAUGAUGACCAGGGCAAAGAGCAGGAGCACACCUUUGUCUUCAGAAUGGAGCACCCGAAGGCCUGUAAGCACCUCUGGAAGUGUGCCGUGGAACAUCACGCCUUCUUCCGGCUGAGGGGGCCGGUACAAAAGAACUCUGCGCGCUCCGGCUUCAUCCGCAUGGGCUCACGCUUUAGAUACAGUGGAAACACAGAGUACCAGACAACAAAAUCCAAUAAAGCCCGCCGCUCAGCCUCCUUUGAGAGGAGGCCUAGUCGUCGCUAUUCUAGAAGAACGAUGCAGAACAGAGGACACUUCAAUCCUCAGGAGGUUCUUUCAUCGGGCAACGGAUUGAACUCCAGUAAAGACAAGCAUGUUUCCACUGGUCGAGGCGCCUGGUCGGGUGUGCCGGUUGUGAACGUUGCUGCGCCUGCUUCUGUUUGUGGCCCAUUGGAAAUAGAGCCUCUGCCCAGGAGUCCUGGAGGGGAAAAGAGAAGUUUACCCCUGGCUGGUGACCUAAUCGAGACGUGCAUUGAUGAUGUCCUAAGAACUCCUGCGGCUCCCGCCGCAAAGGCCGUCGAAGAGGCGGGUCCGAGUAUAGCCUACUCUCCUCCUGGUGCCUCUGGCGAAGAAUUAGUCAGCCUUACUGAAACAGCAGCGCGUCUCAAACAACUGGAGUUGGAGAGCAGUCCACUCUUAGCCAAGAACAAUGUCAACAUCAAUAUGGUCAUGAAUAACCAGGAGGACAUUGUGAAGCUCAAAGAGAAAUGCUGUCUGAACAGUGCAGGAAGUAGCCCAGUUGUCACACCACUGCGUGCCCCAGACGACCUGAAGAGUAACAUCCUCAAAGCGCAAGCUGAGGCCGCAACGCUCAAGGUUAGUUUGGAGGAACAUGUCACAACGAUGGGAGAUAAAAACUGUAAUCUGCAGGAAACCUCCAGGUUGAAGUCGCGCACCGGCCGCAUGGGCAGUAACUCGUCUCUGUCCGUUAGCAGUCGCCCUGACAUCCAAGACUCUUGGGAGCUCCUCAAGUCUUCUUCGAUGGUGUCAUCAGCAGGCACCAGUGCUGAGAGGUUAGCUGAAGAUUCAAACCCUCCUCCACCCACCGUUGUGGAAAGCACCGCACUCAAGGUCCUCCAGGUUAAAGCAGAGGAAGUUGACGUUCCUAACACAACCGCACCACUGCCACUGCCUGAUAAUUUGAUUGACUUCACUGACCCGAUCCCCACUUUGCCCCCUGUGCAGCCACCGAAAGCGCCCAUCACCCCUCGCUGGAUCAUUCCUACCGCCGCCCCUCCCGGUAUCUUUACUAACGGCCUGCUCGACCUUGAGCCCCCCGCUAAGGUCGCUGCUCUUCCCCCCGCGGAUGGGGGAGCCGCUCUCACCUCAGCCCUCUCUCACCCCGCUCGCACACUUCACAGCAACUCCGUGAGCAUUACGGAUCAGCAGGCAGCCUCAGAGGAUGGAGCCACACUCAGAGGCCUCCUGACCACUGAGCUCUAAUCCCUGCAAACGAGUCGGGGCAGCAACACAACAUGCAGUUUUCUGACAGGACUAGGAGAGAAACCGUCACCAUCGUAAUCAGGCUCAGUUUUAAUUUCCAGCCCCACUCCUUCAUCCAAAUAGCAACUGGUUCCAUCCAUUUUGACCCUGAUAAGCAAAAAUGGUCUGACUUUCUUUUUGGGCGCCAUCUUUAUUUUCAUGUAAGCCAUUCCACUGGAUGUCCACUGUCGGAGCUGUACACUGGAAAUCGAUAUAAGACAAUUAUUUGAAGAGAUAAUAACAACAAGACUCUUGAUAUAUUGAAAUAUGAUUCAUUACAUUCCUUGAGCAGCCAUUUUUUUUUUUUAAUCUAAAAGCCCCUUUUCGGCCACUGGAUAGAUUUUUUUUUUUGUGGUCAUUUCUCCCAAGAGACACUGGAUUACUUUUGCGCUACUGGAGCAUUUGACACUGCCAUGGAUCACACCAGAUUUUUUAAAUCCGUUUUUUUUUUUCUUUUAAUAUAUCACGUGUUUUUUGUACAUUGUAGUAUCAAAAUUGAUCACUUGUUUGACCCUUUAUGAUUAAUCCUACCAACCCAACAAUGUGAGGUUUUAUAGUUCUGACUGAAUGUGAUCCUGUCCAUGAUUUCCACUUGGAGCUUCUUUUUUUGGAACAUUGGCUGUUUUAUGGUUGAUUUCUUCAUUUUAUUAUUUUUUGGAACGAGGAAUGUAAUUCACCCGUUGUGUUGAGCUAUAAAAUGUCACCAGUGCUCAGAGGGCAUGCCAGAGUUUUAGAUAGCAAAUUGCAAGAUAUGCAUGACAAUUUAGUAGAGAAAAGGAGCAUUAUAUUCAUGUCACAAUUUGAUACUGUCCUUCUUUUCACACCAAAUUAUCAAAAGACAGCUCAGUUUAUCUUGCUUUUUCAUUUGAAUUCUCAACUAUGGCUCUGGCUUGUUCAUGUUGUUUGGCUACGACGUUGCCCUCUUGUUGAUACUCAACCUUUCAAUUGUGAAAAUGUGCACGACCUCCCCCCAUACCCCCGUACGCCAUUGCUGAUUGUUUUACGUCACAAAUAUCUUAAAUGUAAUUUUGUACUUGUGAAUUGAAGAUCUAAUUCUAUAUUUUUGGACUAUAUUAAUGACUUAAUGUGUGUACGGUAUAUCACAUUGAUUCUUAAUUAGUGUUUUUAUUUUACUACCCCUCUCUUCAUUGUGACGGUGUAGUUUAUAAGGGAAGUUGACUGUUGUCCCAAUUCGUGCAGUUAUUUAUGCAGCCAUUCAGUGUUCACAUAUUACAUUUCCAAGUGUGUGAUUAGGCACAAUAUGUUUGUCAUCUGUCUGUGGCGAUUUUGCUAGCGUAUUCACAAACAACAAUAACAGCGUUGAAGUCAAUAAAACUGUAGGAAAUAAAAUGGA